UGUGCGCGAACCUGUAUGUCAAUGUCCGUCUGUAAAUCGUUCGACUUUGACAGAAACGAACACAUUUGCAAAUUAAACGAUGUUGACCGGUCGUCUGUUAAUGCGUCGGAGUUUGUAACAAAAAGCGGCUCUAUUUUCUCUGAUAUCAGCGAAUGGCCUAGCAGAAUGGUUGGAAGUUGUGGCUCAAGGCCGUGUAAAGUGAACCAAAGAUGUUACCGAAAUGGUCCUUCACAUGAAUGCAAAGACAUAACUUGUGCUUCGGAUCAGAAAAUUGAAAAUGGUAAAGUACAGAUAAGUGCGCCUGGCGAAAACAAGUUCCUCGACAUAGCUCUAGUGAAAUGUGACAAAGGAUAUUAUGUUCCCAGUCAACAAGAGGUGAAAUGUGAGGCUUCAGGAAAAUGGCAGCUUGCAACGUGUAAAUUACCAAGUGAUUGUAAAGAAGUCCUUGAUAAAUUUCCUGAGGCGAAAAGUGGACAAUAUGAGAUAGAACUAUGGAUAUCUGGUAAGAUUCUGACUGUGAAUUGUGACAUGGAUACAGAUGGCGGAGGUUGGACGAUAUUUCAUAGGCGAAUGGACGGGUCAGUGGACUUUUAUCGCAAUUUUACAGAAUAUGAGAAUGGCUUUGGGAAUGUUGAUGGAGAGUUGUGGCUAGGUAUGUAAAAAUAUUUCAUUCCUCGUAGCAUUGGCAUUUUAAAACAAAUAUAGUACAGAUAUUGCGUAGUCACCUAAGGUACAACACCGUCGCAAUUAAAUAACACACAUGACAUUUGUUGCAAGCGUAACAUGAAGAUAGGUUUCUUUACCAUGGAACAAAAUAUUUUGCUUACAGUUAACUAAUAGUUUAAUAAUCGAAUACACUUAGAAUAUUUCUUGUUGACCGCAAUGCAUUGCUUAUAAUAGUUGUUGAAGAAUAUAUACAACUGUAGUCGAAAAAGACGCUUCUAUCUUAAGUUAAGCUCGAUUUUUCAAAUCAUUUUUAAAUAUAUGUUAUAUUUAUUUCAACUUAAUUAUUCUUGUUUUAAAAGACUGAAUAUUUCAAGGGCUUGUUUAUACACAAAAUAACAAGAAUAAUAGUCGAGCUAUCUGUUGUUUUUACUGUAACAUUUUUUUGCUUUUUAAACAAAACGAAAAAUAUACCCAGUGUAUCAGUGAUUUAUUUAUUCUCAUGUUUUAGAGUGUAAAAAUUGUCCUAUCUAUAUUAAUUUUGUUUAUAUGUGUGUGUUUGCCUGUAUUUGUUUAUGUAUGUAGAAAUGAUUUUUUGAUUUGUUGUGUGGUGUGUUCACAUAACCCUUCUUGAAACAUGUAUUUUCGUUUGCAAAAAUACAUUUAGGUGAAUGCAAGUAGCCCAAAUAUCCUAUCUUUGAAUUGUAGAGGUCUUGACGGUUUUAAAUGUUUGAAGCAGAAAAAAUGCAGUAUUUACAAAAUACUCACUUAACGUUAAAUAUGUAUAAAAUAUAUACUGUGAACUGAAUAGUAAAUGUUUCCUUAGUCAAGGGACAUCCAGUUCCAGUUGCAAUUUAAAAAAAAAAACUAUUGAAUAUAAAAAUCACAGCAAACACAUUGAUAAUAAAGGAAAAUUUAUUGUUUUAGACAUAACUAUUGAGGGAAAAGAUUUAUCCUUAUAAAUCUUUACGGUCCAAAUACAGAUCAGCGAACUGUUUGGUAUCAUUGACAGAAUAGGAAACGAUUCUUAUAUCUUGUCUGGCAAUUUUAACUUAGUUUCUGAUUCUGAAAAAAAAAAUACAACUAUAAAUUUGUACUUAAUAAUAGAGCUAGAAAUCUGAUUACAAAAUAUUGAUCAGAGAA